ACAUGGCUGCUCUGACGCCAUGUCCAGAAAGAAAAUGACGAUGUAAAAUUGGAAAUUGUCCAUAUGAAAGGCCACACUCGGCCCCCUUUUCUAGAUUUUGUACAUAUUUUAGUAAUUUGCAGACUGUAUUUUGUGAAAAGAAGGCUUCAAAGAUAUUUGGGGCUUUCGAUUUUAUGUUAAUGGAUUAAUAUGAAUCUAGACUCUUUAUCAUUUGCUUUGGCUGAAAUAAGUUAUUCAGUGGCCAAUCUAACGAAGAAAAAUUUUAAGUCUAGCGUCGCUGAAAUAAGUCAUCUUGUAAGUCAACACGGUGCAGAGGCAGAUAGACACUUGUUUCGCUGUCUUUUUUCUCAUGUAGACUUCAGUGGUGAUGGUAGAAGCAGUGGAAAAGAUUUCCAUCAGACUCAGUUUUUGAUACAAGAAUUUGGAAAUCUUCUGGGAAAACCAAAUUUUGUAUCGACUCUCUGUUACGCGAUUGACAACCCUCUUCAUCAUCAAAAGAGUUUGAAACCAUCAUCACAGCUCUUUACUCAAGUCAGUCGUGUCUUGAAGCUAACACGAGUUCAAGAGGUCGUGUUUGGAUUAGCUCUCCUUAGUUCCUCCAACUCUGAAACCAGGAGCUAUUCUACCCAGUUUGUCAAACAAAAGUUGCCUGAUCUCAUCAAGUCCUAUGUUGAUGCAGACAGUAGUUUAAGACAGGAGGGAGGUUUACAGGACGUCCCCAUUGAAGUUGUUCAUCUUUUGUUAACAAGCCUGUUUAAAUGUAAAGACAGUUUUGGGAUAGGAACAGAGCAGAAAGACGUUUUCAUUAGAACAUUAAAGAAAGAUUUUCCUUUUGAGAGGGUCCCUGUGAUACUUGGACCAUUGUUAUACCCCGACGCAGAAGAUUUAUCUGUUGAGAAGUUAGCAGACACUUCCGCAAUGCCCAAAUCUGCUCUAAAUGCUUCUCUGGCUGAAAUGAUAUUGGAGGCAGGUUACAGUUGUACAUCAAGUGUGGAAGAAUGUCGGGCAAAUUUGAUGCAGUUUGGAGUAAGGGAGAUCACCCCAUCUUCUGUGGCAAAAGUCCUGGGCAUGAUGGCCAGAACACCGUCAGGUCUGGAUGGACAAAAUAUUCAACAGACAAGCAUGGCCCCAGGGUCAGGCUGGGGAGAUAUGGGGGACAAGGGAGAUAAACCAGGAUUCAAUACGUGGAAUGUAGAAGUCUUCGUCACAGUCACACAAGACCUGGCCCCACAUUUGAACUGGCGAGAUGUUGUAGCAGAGCUGGACCAUCCAACAUUCUUUGUUGUGAACAAGAGAGGUCUAAGACUCCUAAUCCAGGGUCUGAAUCGUGGCCUUCAGGACAUGUUCCCCAUAGAACAUAUCUACAGACCAUGGAAAAACACAGAGGGACAGUUGUCUUUCAUUGUCCAGUCAUUGAGGAACCCUGAUGUUUUCUGUUUUGCUGACUACCCUUGUCAUACUGUGGUGAUUGAUAUACUGAAAUCUGCCCCAGAUGAUGACAACAGAGAAAUCGUCACAUGGAAAUCCCUUGACUUGGUGGAGACCUUGUUAAGACUGUCAGAUUCUGGCCACUACCAGACUGUUUCUGAACUGUUUAAAAUUCCCAUACAGAAUUGUCCAGAUAUGCUGGUAUUGGCACUACUGCAGAUCACUCCCUCAUGGAACACUCUGAAGCAGGAGUUAAUAUCCACUUUGAUGCCCAUCUUUCUUGGUAAUCAUUCCAAUUCUGCGGUGGUGUUACACUAUGCCUGGCACUGUCAGGGACACUCCAGUACAAUCCGUACCCUUAUCAUGCACUCCAUGGCAGAGUGGUACAUGAGGGGUGAACAGCAUGACCAGGCCAGGCUCUCAAGAAUACUGGACGUCGCACAGGAUUUAAAGGCGUUAUCGAUGCUGCUGAAUGCCACUCCCUUUGCCUUUGUGAUUGACCUUGCAUGUUUGGCCUCCAGACGAGAAUACCUCAAACUGGACAAGUGGCUCUCUGACAAGAUCAGAGAACAUGGGGAGCCCUUUAUCCAGACUUGUGUGAAUUUCCUGAAGCGUAGAUGUCCUCAGCUGGUGGGGGGACUCAGUAAAGACGAGAACCAGCCUCAGAUAAAGAGUCAGAUGUUACCAACAGAAACUAUAGCCACCAUGUUAUCCUGUCUCCAGCAGUGUGCUAGGAUCAGUAGUCUUAGAAGUCAAGUAUCCCAGGAACUGUCAGAAGCCAUUGUAACCAUGGUAACUAAUGCCGCAAUGAUUAUAAACAAAGCCAGACAGGCCCCUCCAGGAGUUGUUGGACCGGGACCCAAAACCAUGCCCCCACCUCCCAGUAAUCCUUUGGAUAUCGGUGAGAGCAAUAUGAGCAAUCCUCUAGGAAUUCCCAAGUCCUGGAGCAUGAGUGCUGUGGGGAAUUCGGGGUUUCCCCAGGGACUAGCCGCUCCCCUGACCUCCACCACGACCCCAGGGUCCCCAGCCAAGCCGGGAUUCCAGCAGAUCUCACAGCCCACAUCUGUCACAGGACUGCAGGGCAUAACAUCACAGCUUCAGUCUCUUUCCAUUCCAAAUCCUCUGGCACCCCCAAGAAAUCCAGGAAUCAACACACUAGUGGGACAGACCAUGCUAAAGCCCACACCCCCACAGGGAGCACCCCCUCAGCAGCCCACACCCCCCACCCUGGGCCAACAACAGCCCCUGGGGCCCCAGACUGUGGCCAGACCCGGUCAGUUCUCUGUAGGACAGACAACGGGAGACAUAUCCAGUAUAUUCCCAGAUAUUCAGCAGCAGUUUUCCAAAGAGGUGGAGGAUGAAGCAAACUCUUACUUUCAGAGGAUUUAUAACCAACCCCCAACACCUACAAUGUCAAUUGAUGAAGUGCUAGACAUGUUGAAGAGAUUCAAAGAUUCUCCAGACAAAAAAGAAAAGGAUGUGUACGAGUGUAUGCUAAGGAACCUGUUUGAGGAGUACAGAUUUUUCCCUCAGUACCCGGAGAGAGAGCUACACACAACAGCAGUGCUGUUUGGAGGGAUCAUUGAAAAGGGAUUAGCAACGUACAUGGCAUUGGGAAUCGCUCUGAGAUAUGUAUUGGAGGCAUUGAAGAAGCAGCACAAUUCUAAGAUGUAUUUCUUUGGAAUUGCGGCAUUAGACAGAUUUAAAACAAGAUUAAAAGAUUACCCUCAGUAUUGUCAACAUCUGGCAGCUAUUCCACAUUUUCUCCAAUUUCCACAGCAUCUUAUUGAGUAUGUGAAGUAUGGAGCCCAGUCCCAGGAGCCCCCUCAGCAGCCUCCAGCAACCCGCAGUAUUACCCCCACAGUCGGGGGGCUGGGUCUCACCAGCCUGCAGACCGGACCUCUGGGUUUGAUGCAGCAGGCUGGGCCCCCCACACCCAGUGUGGCAGGAUCUAGUCAGGAGGGAGUUCCCACCACCACCGUGUCCACACCUAUCCCCUCCUCAACACCAGCAGCCAAACCCCUACCAAAGCCCUCCAUUGCAAGUGCUACAAAUAUUGAUACCCUGCUGGCUGGUCAAGGGAAGGAAGAGUUUUCUGUUCCCCCGGAGGCAGUUCAGGACAAAGUCUUCUUUAUCUUCAACAAUCUCUCACUGGCCAACAUGUCACAGAAGGCAGAGGAGUUUAAGAAAGAGGUAACAGAGGACUACCUACCCUGGGCAGCCCAGUAUCUGGUGAUGAAGAGGGCCAGUAUAGAGCCUAACUUCCACACCUUAUAUGCCAACUUUGUGGAUGCCUUGAACAUCCCAAAGCUUUCAACAAUGGUGACUAGAGAGACCUUCAGAAAUAUCAGGGUUUUAUUGAGGAGUGACAAAGGAGAUGCCAAUUUCUCAGACAGAACACUGCUGAAAAAUUUAGGUCAUUGGCUGGGGAUGUUAACCUUAGCUAAAAAUAAGCCAAUCCUGCAAAUAGACAUAGAUCUGAAAGGUCUACUGUACGAGGCCUACCAUAAAAGCUUUCGAGAAUUGUUGUAUGUUGUACCUUUUACUGCCAAAGUUCUGGAGUCGUGUGCUAAAAGCAAGGUUUUUAAACCCCCAAAUCCCUGGACCAUGGCCAUCAUGAAUGCACUGGCAGAACUUCAUCAAGAGCCAGAUCUCAAACUGAACCUGAAAUUUGAAAUAGAAGUGCUAUGUAAGACUCUGAAUAUAGACUUAUCGGAGCUGAAACCAGGAAACUACUUGAAAGACACCCUGAGACUACAGACCCAUGAACCUCAAUUGUCUGCAUCGGUGAAACCCACGCUGCCACCUACAGUGGUGACCCCCCAGCCUGAACCGUCCCUGAUCCUGACAGCCUCCACCCCGACUGUCAGCACCACCACCACUGUCACCACGACGACAGCGGCCCCGGCCCCUGCCCCCUCCACUGGGACCCCCAAUCUGCCACCCAGGCCCCAGUUUGCCUACGAGGAGAUCAACACCAACAACUUUGCUACUUUGGCUUACCAGAUUCACAUAAGUGGGCAGCUUGGAUUGUUGCAAAAUCAUCCACAACUGAAGCAGCUGGUGAAGAUGGCAGUUGAGAAGUCUGUACAAGAACUGAUGCCACCAGUGGUAGAACGGACAAACAAAAUCACACUCACCACAUGUGAACAAAUCAUCAAAAAGGAUUUUGCAUUGGACCCUGAGGAAACCAGAAUGCGGGCAGCAGCUCACAUCAUGAUAAGGAACAUGACCUCUGCCCUCGCUCUCAUCACCUCCAGGGAACCUCUGUACCACAGCAUUGCCUCAAAUCUCAGAACCGCAUUUAUGAGUGCACUCAGACUCACAGCAGAGUUAGCAAGUACUCAGGAGAAGGAUGCCAUAGAACAAGCAGCUACUGUCCUGGCCACUGACAAUGCUGAGUUAGCCUGUGUCUUCAUACAGAAAACAGCUGUAGAGAGGGCUAUCCCAGAAAUGGACAAGAGGCUUGCUACAGAAUAUGAACUUCGUAAACAUGCCCGUAAUGAAGGCAGACGUUACUGUGAUCCUGGGGUUCUGACGUACCAAGCUGAAAGAAUGCCAGAGCAGAUCAGACUAAAGGUUGGAGGUGUAACUCAAGCUCAAAUAUCAGUUUAUGAGGAGUUUGCUCACAAUAUUCCUGGAUUUCUCCCAACCAGUGAGACGCCGCAGGCUGUUGUGGCCAAACCCACACCUGUCCAGCCAGAUGAAAUUUCUCAAAUGUUGGAGAAGAUAGGAAUGGAAAUUGAACAAGUGCUUCAAACAAUGAUGAUCCCCCCAUCGAAUCCUCUAGGAAACCAGUUGCGAAAAUUACUAGAUGCAGUAAUGUUUUCACGAAGUAGUAGAGAAAUGGCUUCCAUAGAGACUCUGGUGCAGAAGACGGUGAGUGGAUUCCUGGAAUUCUACACCAACAAUACCACGGAACAGGAGCUGAUGAGUCACUUCCGUGACUGCCACCUUCUGGUUCUAAAAUGCUUAAGAGAAUCCCGGGCGUACGGCCAGGCUUGGCUUAAGAAGCAGGUGACUCGAGCUCUCGUUGAGCGUACGGAUGAACCCAAGUAUAACUUGGAAGCUCUGGAUUGUCUCAUUCGUAGCCAGCUGGUGGUUCUGUCCCAGUAUGACAUGUACAUAGUACAACUGAUGGAAAACGGAAUGAAUUACAUGGCCGUGGCUUUCGCUAUGCAGUUAAUUCAGAGAUACUGCAUUGGUGAUAAAAAUAAUGCUGGACUUACUGAGGCUGACUUUGUAAAUACAAUAGAGGUUUUGAGUGCCCUCUCAACCCGGUCCAUUAACCCACCGGAAGGAUUACAGACCCUGCUGGACAACCUGCGCUCCACGAGUGGGGGAGGAAGCAGUAACAGUGGCAGUGGGACCGCUCCUAGCUCGGACUUCAACCUAAUGGACCAGACUGCGGCUUUUAAAGCUGCCUCGGGAAUGAUGCACACGGGGAUCAUACAGGCCAGGGACAUAGAUGGGGAUCCCCCGGGGCUUCACGAGAAAGCCGAGUACCUCCUCAGGGAGUGGGUCAAUAUGUACCACUCCCCUGCUGCUGGGAGGGACAGUACUAAAGCAUUCACUGCAUUUGUACAACAGAUGCACCAGCAGGGUAUACUGAAGAAUGAUGAUGUGAUAACGCGAUUCUUCCGUCUCUGCUCUGAGAUGUGUGUAGACCUGUGCUACAGAGCCAUGGGUGAAGCUACACCCUCCACAAACCAGGCCUUAAUCAGAGCCAAGUGUUUCUACACGCUGGAUGCCUUUGUCCGCCUCAUUGCCUUGUUGAUUAAACACUCAGGAGACAAUGCCAACACCGUAACAAAAAUAAAUCUCCUCAACAAGGUACUAGGGAUUGUGGCCGGAGUUCUACUACAGGAUCACAUCGUGAGGAUGUCUGAAUUCCAACAACUUCCUUAUCACAGGAUCUUCAUCAUGCUCUUCAUUGAGCUGAACGCACCAGAACAUAUCCUAGAAAACAUUAACUAUCAGGUCCUCACCGCAUUCUGCAAUACUUUCCACGUGUUAAGACCUGCCAAAUCCCCUGGAUUUUCCUACGCAUGGUUGGAGUUUAUUUCUCAUCGUGUCUUCAUUGGUCGAAUGCUUGCUCUGACACCUCAACAGAAAGGAUGGGGAAUGUAUGCCCAGUUGUUGAUUGAUUUGUUCAAGUUCUUGGCUCCAUUUCUGAGAAAUGCUGAUCUCACUAAACCCACUCAGAUGUUGUACAAGGGCACACUUCGGGUGUUACUGGUCUUGCUUCAUGACUUCCCAGAAUUCCUCUGUGAUUACCAUUAUGGAUUCUGUGAUGUCAUUCCACCAAACUGUGUUCAGAUGCGUAAUUUAAUUCUGAGUGCUUUCCCUCGUAACAUGCGGCUUCCUGACCCGUUUACACCUCACCUAAAGGUAGACAUGCUGGCAGACAUCUCAAAUCCACCCCGCAUUCUCAUCAACUUUGCAAGCAAGAUACAGCCUGCUCAGUUUAAGAAGGAUUUAGACUCUUAUUUAAAGUCAAGAUCACCUGUGACAUUUGUAUCAGACCUUAGAAGUUACCUACAGUCCAGUGAGCCAGGUACGCGGUACAACAUUCAACUAAUGAAUGCCUUAGUGCUCUAUGUGGGAACUCAAGCUAUACAGUUCAUACACGGAAAAGGCCUGACUCCAAGUAUGAGUACAAUUGCCCAUUCUGCACACAUGGACAUCUUCCAGAACCUCGCUGUGGCCUUAGAUACAGAAGGUCGUUACCUGUUUUUGACUGCCAUUGCUAACCAGCUGAGGUAUCCCAACAGUCACACCCAUUACUUCAGCUGUACUCUUCUGUACCUGUUUGCUGAAGCAAACACCGAGGCCAUUCAAGAGCAAAUAACUAGAGUUCUUUUGGAGAGACUAAUUGUAAACCGGCCACAUCCCUGGGGACUUCUCAUCACCUUUAUUGAGCUGAUCAAAAAUCCCCAGUUUAAGUUCUGGAACCAUGAGUUUGUCCAUUGUGCACCUGAAAUAGAAAAGUUGUUUGAAUCCGUGGCUCGAUCUUGUAUGCAACCAAAACAGAAUCAGCAAGCUUCCUCAGGUUUACGAGAAUCCGAGACAAAUGAAAUGCAUUAGUUACUGGACAGACAUAUCGCUUGAUAGGACUAAGGUCGUGCUUGUCGUUAUGUACAGCUUUAACCGUCUACAAAGACUGCACCAAUCAUUAUCUGGAUUCAUAUUGAGUGAUUAAUUUAUUUUGGUAUUUGAAAAUUUGCCUUUCACUGAACUUGAUCAUUUUCAUGGUAGCUGAAUGUACCCAGUCUUUCAACCAUGACAUUUGUAUUAUGGAGGCAUUCAUGUAAAUGUUUGUUUUAUCUGCAAGGAAUCAUGUAUAGGUGAAAUAAGGGUAUAGAUAGCUAUGAGAGUUGACAUAGUUAACAUUGCAACAACUGUGUUGUUAUAGAUGGAAACUGAAUAACUUAUAAAGCAUAAGUGUAUUUUUUUGAUUGUACAUAUUUUACAUUCUGUAAUAUGAAUUCUUAUAUAUAUAUUUGUGUACAAAACUUUAAAUUUAUCAUCCUUUAUGAAUGAUUGGUGCACCUAAAUAUAAGGAAUAAGGAGCUGAAAUCAUUGCAUUCAUUAAUGUUUGAUGUUUGAUUAAAUAUUUACAUAAGUGGGA